AUGCACAGACAGGCAAAGCUGUCAACGGGGCGGACAUACCACUUCGUUGACGAGCUGCCUCCGGACUAUGAACAUGGUCGUACACCUGUUCUGCUCUGCAUUCAUGGCUUCCCCGACCUUUGGUAUGGAUGGCGUAACCAAAUCAAGCCCUGGAGAGACGCCGGCUACCGAGUCGUCGUACCGGACAUGCUAGGCUACGGCGGCACCGACAAACCCCACGACGCCGCCGAGUACACGACCAAGAAACUCUGCAAUGACCUAGCUGCACUUCUGGACCUCCUAGACGUGCGCAAGGCGGUCUUCAUUGGACACGACUGGGGCGCUUACGUCGUGGGACGGUUCGCGUUGUGGCAUCCUCAGCGGCUACUGGCGCUCGUGAUCAUAUCCGUGCCGUACAUGCCCCGGCCGCCUGCGUACGUUUCCCUUGACGAGAUGAUCAAGAAGUUUCCGAACUGGGCGUACCAAGGCUACCUGAACAGCCCGCAGUCGAUGGACUUCAUUGAAGCUAGAGAGCAACGCUACUACGUCCAGGAAUUUAGCAAAGGCAUGCGCGGGCCCACUAACUACUACCGUACGACCAAACUCCGCUUUGAUGAGGAGCAAGCUGCCAACCUCCCCACCUCCCUGCCAGAAGACCUUUCCGUUCUACUUCUCUGGGGAACGAAGGACCGUUCCACGCCCCCACAAGCCGUCGCCGCGUCGUCGAAAUUCGUACCUCGGUUGCAGGACGUCGCCCUGGAAGGUGGUGGGCAUUGGCUGAUGCUGGAGAAGCCGGAGCUCGUGACAGCUAAAGUACUGGAAUGGCUGGAUGCGCAGGGCAUCAAGGGGAAGAGGAAGGGGGCGAAACUAUGA